AUGGAGAUGAGUCAUGAAACGAUGAUGACGAGAAUCCCCACAACAGAUCCUCACAGUACGAGCUUACGAGAAGAAGAUAAAAUGGACUCAGUCUGCAAAACCUGGAAACUUUAUGAUAACCCUUACUACUUCUGCUCUUCACAGGAGUCUCAACAACAUCAUCAACAACACCAACGCAAGUCUUUUAUUUGGGAUCUGAAUUUCAUAAGGGUGUUCAUGGAAUCUGAACUAGACAAAGCUCGAGGCAAGAUCAAGGAGCUUAAAGGCGAGCUGGACUACGAGAGGAAAGCUCGAAGACGAGCUGAGUUGUUGAACAAGAGGCUGGUCAAAGAUUUGGAGGAGGAGAGAAUGUGUAGAGAAGCAGAGGAGAUGCGAUACGAGCGGCUCUUGAAAGAGAGAUCUUCUGAGAAAUCAGAGAUGGUUCAGAUGAGGAGAGAGGUUGAGGAAGAGAGACAGAUGCAUAGAUUGGCUGAGGUUUUGAGGGAAGAGAGAGUUCAGAUGAAGCUGUCUGAUGCAAGACUUUUCUUGGAGGAGAAGCUAUCUGAACUAGAGGGAUCUAACAGAGAAAGAAGAGACAAGGAGAUGAAACCACAGAUACUUGAGAGAGCGCUUAGCUCACCGGCGAGUAGGAGGUUGGAGAAUCCGCAUAUAAAGAGAGGGAUCAAAGGGUUUGUGGAGUUUCCGAGAGUUAUGAGAGCAAUAAGAUCAAAAAGUGAGCUAUGGGGUUCGAAGCUCGAGUGCCCAAAGGUUCAGCUCAAGACUCUGCUCAGACAAAAAACCACACCAAGAUGUUCUCCUCUUCUCUCGUCUGCUUGA